AUGGUCACCCAGCCCGCCCCCGUGGACCGGAGCCUCACCGUCCACCGCGAGGCCACGCUGCGACAACUCGCCGAGCACACCGCCCGGCUCCUCGAAGAGGCCCUCGAGACGCCGCGCCCCGACGAGCGCGCCUACGCGGACCUCCUCGCUGCGAGCGUCCGGCGCGUCGCCGACCGCACCUGCUGGAUCCUGCGCUCCGCCAUCCAUCCCAGCGAGCAGACACGCAUCCUCGCCGCCGCGACGCCAUGGCUGCACGAGAUUCGCGUGCGGCUCCAAGAGCGCGCGCGCAGCCGCACCGACGCCGACAAUGGCACCACGACCCGGACCGUCAUCACCGAGUGGGUGUUUGACGAUGCAGAGCUCACGCGCCUCGUGCUGCAUGCGGACCGCAUCUGCGCCGAGACGGUCGCCAUCGACGACGCUCGUCGCGCGCAAAAUCCCGCCAAGGCUCCGCCGAUUCUCUAUGAGGACAAGCUCGAGGAUCUCCGGGACAAGCUCAUGCCGGAGCGCUGCCUCGGGCCGUGGAUCAAGUUCGACAGCAUCCGCCAGUGGCUCGACCACUGCGACGCCCAACACACCGCGCACUGCCAGCUGUCCGAGCAGAGCAAGACCAUCUUCGCCCACCACCCCAAAUGGCUCGUCGACACUGCGCGACGCUGCCUCGUCGAGGCCACGCCCGGCCAGCGGUACCUGGCGCUCAGCUACGUCUGGGGCCCGCACGCCGCCUUUCAGACGCUGACGAGCAACGUCGAGUCGCUGCAGCGCGACGGCGCCCUCGCUCCCUCGUCGUUGCUUGCCAAAAGGGGCAGUGGGGAGGCUGGCGCGCGUAAGAGUGACAACAAGCUCGCAGGUCUGGAAGCCAUAGCCCGCACCGUAGCCGACGUGAUUGAAUUCGCCGACCGUCUCGACGAGCCGUACCUCUGGGUCGACGCGCUGUGCAUUGUGCAAGACGACGACGCCCACAAGCAGGAGCACCUUGCCCGCAUGGGCAGCAUCUACGCCAACGCCUACGCCACCAUCGUCGUUGCUCACGGCGCCGCGCACCACGGCUUGUGCGGCAUCCAGGAUGUCACGCCCCCGAUGCAGCGCGCUCGCGGCGGCGCGCCCUACACGCCGUCGUACGUGCGUCGGCCGGGGUCUCUGGCGGCAGCGGUGCGUCAGCACAUGGACGCCAUGCAGCGCUCGGCGUGGAAUUCGCGCGCGUGGACGUUUCAGGAGCAAAUCUUUUCGCGGCGGCUCAUUAUCCUCAGCGAUAGCGAAGUCACCUGGGAGUGCCACUGCAACGUGUGGCUCGAGGGCGUGCGGGCGGUCGAGGCGCAAUGUGCGCGCAACACGGCCGUCGUCGCCGAGGGCUUCUCGUUCCACAUGGACCCGACGUUUCGUGACUACGAGGCCCACGUGAAGCAGUACAACCGGCGGCGGCUGAGCUAUCCGGAGGACGCAAUGGACGCGUUUGCGGGCAUUCUCACGGUGCUGCAGACUACGUUUCUGGGGGGCUUCGUGUGCUGUCUACCAGUCAUGUUCUUUGAUACGGCUCUGCUAUGGUACAAUGAGGGCAUGGUGGGUGAGCGCGUGCCGAAGCGUCGGCGCCAUGGAGCCGGUAUAGCGCCGACGUGGGCGUGGGCCGCAUAUGACGGCAACAUUGCGUUUCCUGACUUCUCCGCGGCCAAGGAAGGAGUGCGGCCGCUCGUACGGUGGAAGUACUGCCGCGGCGAUGUGAAACAAUGGUCGCCGGUGCUCUCGCUGGAGAAACAGCAGCCUGAGAAAAAGUUCGCCACGGCGGCAGACCUGCAGGCGCUCAUGGCAAGCAUGAGUCUUGAGAAUGACGGCCCAGUGUCUGCAGGCGAGCCCGCAUUCCCGGAAGGCACUGGUAUCAUGCACCACCAUCUUCUUCAUGCCCGACCAGAACGAGCCGUAUUCAACGUCCUGGAGUAUUAUGGCGACGAGGGCGUUCCGCUGGUAGGCGCUUCCGGAGAGUGUGUGGGAGUGCUCACCCCGUGCAAGAAGCUAGGCAGUCAUGCCGUAGAUGCCAAGACUGUCAUCUCGUGCGAGCUCGUCGCCAUCUCAGAGUCAUACAUCAACAACAUGGAGACGUACAAUGUGCUCUGGAUAGAAAAGAAGGGCGGCGUAUACGUGCGCAAGGGCGUGGGUCGCAUCCUCAAGUCCGACUGGGUGAGCCAAGCGCCGCAGCUAAUGGAUCUGCUAUUGGCAUAG